AGCUCUGUCACUUCCCCGCAAGGAACACAAACAGAGCGUGCGAAGCUUGAGUUUCAUGGCUAUGGCGAUCCGAUCCCUUCACCGCCUGCUCGCCACUUCCCGCUUCAGCUUGUCCUCCAUCUCCUCCUCAGUUUCCACUUCUAGCGUCACCCAAAAUUGGUAUCAAGAUGCGACUGCGAUCUGCCUCGGGAGAGAGCCAACACGAAGUAGCAGCAGCAGCUCGUUUGUGGAGCCACCUGAUAUUGAACCGAAAUGUGCAGAACCUUGUGGAGUCACUCCGAGUGCUGGGCAUCAACCUUUUCUGAAAGAAUUCCCUGCCUUACGUAGGGUCAGCUCCGCUUCUAUAUUUGAUGGUGGCUCUGCCUCUAUUCACAGUGGUCAUCACAAUAAGCUCCUGAAUUGGAACACAAAGGGGGUUGGACUGCAGACGCUGACUGGCGUGGAUGUGCAUGAAAAGAGUACUCAAUGGACCAAGUGCAACUUCUCAACUGAGGUAUCAUCCUCACCUCGAAAGCAAGAAACAGCGGUGGCAGAGGGUAAAGAGGAAGCCGUGCAAAAGACAAGCCUGGAGGAUUUUCAACAUGAGGAGAUUGUGGGUCCAACAGUUGAACGAGAUUUAUCUCCAGUCGCUGACGAGCUACGAGAGUCACUUGCUUUUCUCCAGAAACGGAUGUUGAGCUUUCAGAAGAGUCUGGUUCUGCUAGGCUGCGUUCAAUGUGUUGGGGCAGGGUUGUGCUUUGCUACAUGGCAAUCUGUGAAUCCUACUUGGCAGCUCUUACCCGUUACAUUGCUACCGUUCAUGCUGGCGUUUGUUUUACGGCAAGGUCUCCAACCUAUAGCCUUUUUCGGGAAGCUUGAAGAGAGAAGCAGGUUGCGCAUCAUUACCCUCUCGCUUAUGAUCGCCAAAGGAUUUGCCUCGUACUUCAAUAGAGCUCGUAUCCUAGUCGUUGGUUCAGCCGCGGGAUUAGGAUGUAUUAUGUUGUCUAACAGCUUAGAAGCAUUUAAAUGAUGGCCACAACGUAUCAAUUUAAGCAAAUACGUUGCGGAGGCAGUGUAAUUGGGAUGUGAGGGAGUAACGCAGGAGCUAGAUGGUGAAUCAUGCACUCUUCUUCUAGACUUAAAACUUGAAGGAAUAGUACAUUUCAAACCGGAUGAUAGAUAACAACUGCAAUGUACGUACCAUUUCCUCUAGAAAAACUGGUAAUCAAACGAUUUUCAGACGGAGCCUUACAUUUCAGAAAAGCUACGAGUACUUGUGCUGUCUCCUUAAUUUACUGAAGAUUCGGUUUUAUUGACAA